AUGUCUACAACUCUCAAAAGCAUUUUCGAAACGCAUAAGACGACCUCCAAAAAGAAAUUGGUUACGAACAGAAGCGUCACCACUUUGAAAAGCACCACCACCGUCACCAAAACUGUUAUAACAGAGCAGAUCAAGACUGAAAGAACAGUAUCUAAGCACAAAACUAGACACAGAUCUACUGUGACGCCAUCAAGACAUGGCAGUGAUUCGAAAGGCCACACAGAUCCCCGACGCCACGACGCUGUUUCCGAAGACAAACGAGGAACACAUCAUCGUUCCCAGCUAUCUAAUAACUACGUACCUAGGAUUCUUAGUGGCCGCCCAAAAUGUAUCCAGAAUGCACCAAUCAUCCAGCCGCAAGGGAUAAAUACCGAACUAUUUUCAAAUAAUAACAGACUUUGUGAUCCUUAUGAGAUCUCUCCUCCAUCUUACUCCGUCCAGAAUUUGGCUCAGCAAUCAUCACAAAGUAUACAACAUGGUGCGAUGUUCGUUGAAGGAGACAACCAUCAAGCAAUCCCCGGCCCAAAUUUCGCCGCCAACCAUGACUUCUACUCCGAGAUAAUAGAGCUGCCAAAUAAUGUUGUCUUAUCAUCCUCAGUUCACACCUCAUUCAAUCCUGGUUCUUCAGUCGGACAUAGAAAUCCUCCCCCACAUCGUCAUGAAGCAACCAGGUUGCAGCAGCUAUCCUCAAUUGGCCAGCAGCAUUACCAACAAUAUCGCCCCGCAGAAAACCGACCAAAAAGCACAUCGGGGUGGCAUGGUCCCACCAAUCAAUUACCAAGCCACUCUGAGAGUUCCAUUUUCAGUAACCUGCAGAACUGGAAUAAUUGUCGCAAUGAGAGUAACGGAUUUGGAUUCAAGGAAGACGAAAUUCUCUCUCUGAGCCAAGACGGAGCUCGUCUCGAUCUUAUGAACGGCUGUAUGCCGCUCGCUCUACUAGAGUAG